GCGCUUCCGGUGGCCUGGGCUGUACUGGCGGCGGCUAGAUGCGCGGCCGCGGUGGUACUGCGCGCCUGGGCAGAGGACUCCUAAAACCGGUGUCCAUGGUGCUCCCCGACACCGAGCACACUCCAUUUCCUGGACGAACCCGCCGCCCAGGGAAUGCCAGAGCAGGAUCCCAAGUGACCGGAUCUCGUGAGGUCGGCCAGAUGCCAGCGCCGCUUUCACGAAAGAUCGGGCAAAAAAAGCAGCGACUGGCACAGUCAGAGCAGCAGCAGACCCCUAAGGAGAGACUCUCUUCGACCCCUGGCCUCCUGCGAAGUAUCUACUUCUCGAGCCCAGAGGACCGCCCUGCCCGGCUAGGACCGGAGUAUUUUGACCAGCCCGCAGUCACCCUAGCUCGUGCAUUUCUGGGACAGGUCCUUGUCCGGCGACUUGCUGAUGGAACAGAACUCCGUGGGCGCAUUGUGGAGACUGAGGCAUACUUGGGGCCAGAAGACGAAGCUGCCCACUCAAGGGGUGGCCGGCAGACCCCCCGUAACCGUGGCAUGUUCAUGAAACCUGGGACUCUGUACGUGUACCUCAUCUAUGGCAUGUACUUCUGCUUGAACGUCUCCAGUCAAGGGCCUGGGGCUUGUGUCUUGCUAAGAGCACUAGAGCCCUUGGAGGGCCUAGAGACCAUGCGGCAGCUUCGAAACUCCCUCCGGAAAAGCACUGUCGGCCGUUCCCUCAAGGACCGAGAGCUCUGUAAUGGUCCCUCCAAACUGUGCCAGGCCCUAGCCAUUGAUAAGAGCUUUGACCAGCGAGACCUGGCCCAAGAUGAGGCUGUGUGGCUGGAGCAUGGCCCUCUGGAGUCCAGCAGCCCAGCUGUGGUGGCGGCAGCCCGCAUAGGUAUUGGCCAUGCAGGGGAAUGGACACAGAAGCCCUUGCGCUUCUAUGUCCAGGGCAGCCCAUGGGUCAGUGUGGUAGACAGAGUGGCUGAACAGAUGUAUCGGCCUCAGCAAACAGCGUGCUCUGAUUGUUCAAAAGUAAAAUAAAUAACCUGUUUGUAGGGAACUGUCCACGUCUCAGCCA